AGCCAUUAUAUUUACAAAAAAUUAGUUACGCAAUUUGAAUUUGCAUGUUUAAUGUUAAUUAGUCUCCCAUUAUUUUCAAUAACAAAUUAGUAAUUAUUGUAAUUAGGAGUUUGUUUAUAUCUGUCAUCUGUCAUAUGGAUGUCAGGGGAUUGUGAUGAAAUUCUCCCUUGAAUUUAUCCCCUUUUAGAUGUAGUAUCCAUAAAUUAAUGAUUAUUUACAACACAAACCAGUUAAAAUUUUUAGGUUAGAAAACAGCACCUCCUAAAAAUUAUGGAAAUAAAUUAUUUAUGACAAAAAUAAGAGAUGGUUACGGUCCAUUGGAAACUACAAACAUUACCAAAGUCUAUUUACAAUUCCUUCAAAGAGUUCUUUCGAAAAUGGGCAAUCACCUUUCGUUCCCUCACCUACAAUCAUUUUAUGGAUCAAAGUUAUGCAGCAGAUGUGUGCAUGGAACCCAUGUUUUGGUUUGUUGAUAAUUUCACAUAUGCAAUAGGACCUAUAUUCGUAGUUGCUGUUGUGGGUUUGACUUUAUCUGUAGUAUGUAUCGCUUAUUGGAUUGGUCUGCCAUAUUGGUGGAACCGAAAUCCAACAAUGUGUGUCAUUCUAGUCAUAAUUGGUCACUGGCUGCUUUUGAACAUCUCAUUUCACUAUUACAUGGCAGUUGUAACACCACCUGGAUAUCCACCACAGGGUGAAUUGAUAACUGAAGCUGUGAGUAUUUGUAAGAAGUGUAUUGCACCUAAACCACCAAGAACUCACCAUUGUUCCGUUUGUAAUAGAUGCAUAUUAAAAAUGGAUCACCACUGUCCAUGGUUAAAUAAUUGUGUGGGUUAUAGAAAUCACCGAUAUUUUUUCUUGUACAUGGUCUACAUGGUUAUUGGGGUGUUCUUCGUCAUUGUGGCCGGUUUCGACAUAGCAUACACCUCCAUUUUAUUUGCACCUGAUGACCUUAAUGAGCCCGAACUCGAAGGACACUCGGUUAAAUUCAACAAAACGGGAGCCUUAAUACCAGUGACGGACGCCCUGUACCUCGACUCAUCACUAAUCGAUGACGAAGUAGUACCGGGAUACGAGCCCAUAACGGCGUGGAAGAGGAGAGCUAUCAUCUACAUGGCUUUGAUAAAUUGCGGCGCCUUUAUCGCCUUGGGGGCGUUGAGCACGUGGCACAGCAAACUUAUUGGGAAGGGUGAAACCAGCAUCGAGGCCAACAUCAACAAAGCCGAGACUGUGCGGCUGGCCGAAUUGGGUAGGGUGUACGUUAAUCCGUACAAUUUUGGCAAGAACAAGAACUGGAAGAUAUUUUUGGGGCUUGUGCAGGGCAGGACGUUUUUUAGUUGUGUGAUUUUACCGUCAGCACACGAACCAAUCGGUGACGGACUUACCUGGCACACGAUUCACGACGAAGAUCUUGAUGAGUGGCCGUAAGACUUAAUCUAGUCAUUCCCUGUUUGAUACUUACUGUUCACCAUUUUUGAAAUUGUUUCCCAGUGAUUUGCUCAAGUUUCAUUUAAUUUUUUAUGUAUACAUACGUGUGUAGUAGGUUGUAAGAUAAAAACGUGUUUGAUUAAUUGUUUAUGGUUUAAAUUGUGGAACAUUCCUUUAAUUUUGUAAGAAAACUUUUUCUAAAUGAUCAUUAAAUUUUGGAUAUGG